UUCAAGCUAUCCUACGACCCAUAAAAUCCGGCAGAGCUUUCUGAUUUCGAUAGCUUUAUGCGGCGGGGAUCGAGGAUAUCACCAACAAGGACAAUGAACGCCGUCAUUCUUGCCGCCGCAGCGUCUCUGUUACUCGGCAUCGGCGGAUUGGUGCUCAUCCAAUUCUGCAUCGUCCGGAGGGCGAUCAGAAGAGGCUUCUUAGGUUUCGGAGCCACAGCCGGACCUUCCGACGAUGCAUGCGACGGCCUGCCGCCGCAACUCCUAGAGAGGCUCCCUCGUUACGACUUCAAAGUAGGAUGCGGAGCCGAGUGCGCCGUGUGCCUGGAGAGCUUGGAGGUGGGCGACGUCUGCAGGUUGCUGCCGGCAUGCAUGCAUGCUUUCCAUGCCCGAUGCGUGGACUGCUGGCUGCUGCAGAAACCAAUCUGCCCGACCUGCCGGACGUCGGCUGCCCCCGGAGGGGCGGCGAUCGUGGCAGAGGUCGGCGGCAUGAGGAGUUCGGAUCCCAAGUUCGAUCUGCCAGGAUCUGUCACUUCAGAUUCCAAGUUCAUGUUUGGAGCUCUCUAACUCCUUGCUAUCAAAUAUCUCAUGCUGAGAAUGAGGAGAAACUUUGGGUAAUCAUUUAACUGUCUGGAAGAUCAAAGGAAUACAAAAUAAAAUACUGCUAAGUCAUUUGGGAACAAUAAUGGAGGAGGAUGAUGAAUUGGCACUGAUCUCAUGCACGAUUAAUUGAUGAUUCGAAGAGUCUAUGUGUAAGACAUGCAACUCAACUAAUUUAUCCACUAUUCAAAUAGUAACAAAACUCUUGAUAGUAAUUCGUUAGUAAUUCAACUAAGAAUCUAUUGUUGUCUUUCUUAAGAAAUCUAAUUUGAUUAGUAUAUUAUUAUAUAAGUGAGA